AUGGUGGCCGCGGUCUCUGCUAAGGUGGCGUUUCUGAUUGGCCAUGUUCAUGACGCCAAGCUGCAAAUUGAUCUGGAAAUAGAAAAUCGACGAUUUGGUGACACAAUUGUCGGCAACUUUAUAGACUCAUAUGAAAACCUCACGCUGAAGGCAGUGAUGGGCUACCGUUGGCUAUCGGAGACGUGCGACUCCCUCCCAAUGCUCGUCAAAAUGGACGAUGACGUUCUCGUGGACAUUCCAAAAUUCAUCACCUCUUACAGAGAGAAAAUCAACCCAGAUGGCCUCAAAAGGAGAAUUUUCUGCAACGUCUGGGAGAAUGCUAAAGUUGCUCGCACAGGAAAAUGGAAGAUCGAGAAAGGUUUAUUUAGUAACACUACCUACCCGUUUCCCUACUGUAGUGGGUUCUUUGUUCUGGUAACCCCAGAUUUGGUGAAGAGCAUGUACGAAGUUGGCAAAGACAUCGACUUUUUCUGGGUGGAUGACGUUUUCGUCUACGGUAUGGUACCAGCAGCAAUAAAGAAUGUAACUUUUGUGAACAUUGGUGACACUGUAGAUUAUAUUGCCAGAUACCGGCACAGCUAUAAAAGAUGUUUAAACAAAAACGGUUGGAAGUGCAAGACAUUUGGUGUUCUCACGUCUGGAAUUGAAAAUUUUAAAGAACUUCAUGCUCAAACCAAGAAGCUGUAUAUGAGUAACUCAAGUCUCCUCACAAAUGCAAGUGAAGCUGUACCAGCAGUCAGUUCGAAAAAUCCUGGCGAGAAAUUAGGCAAAAAAGCAGAUCCUAUAAAAGCGCAGUAAUACAAGCACGAAAGCUCACAGUUUCUCACGCUCACUCACCCCCCCUCCCCACACACGGGUACAUGCACACACAUACCUGACACACGCAGUUACACACACAUA